AUGGCACAAACGCCCAUGAUAUCAAUUCCAAAGAAGACUACUGAGGAAGUCGACUGGACAACGCCCAUCCGAAAUACCAUUGCACAGUCAUACGGAGAGAGUCCAGACAACUAUGCAGCUGAAUGUGCCGCACUCCAACGGUGUCGUCAGGACGCCGUUCGUGGUGCAGGGAGCGACAUGACCGCUCGGGACCUACUCUACAAAUACUUUGGUCAGCUCGAGCUCCUCGAGCUCCGGUUCUCCGAAAUCCGCGUAAACUUCCCCUGGCACGACGCGUUCACUUCGAAACUCAUAACCCAAACAUCCAUAGCUUAUGAAAAAGCGUCUAUCCUCUUCCAGAUCGCCGUGACCCACUCUGCCAUCGCCACCUCUCAGAGCAGGAGUGACCCUGAGGGUUUGAAGCGCGCGUUCAACUACUUCCGGACGUGUGCUGGGAUGCUGAGUUAUAUCAACGAGAACUUCUUGCAUGCGCCGAGUACGGAUUUGAGUAGGGAGGUGGUCAAGUUUUUGAUUGAACUCGUACUCGCCCAGGCGACCGAGGUGUUCCUUGAGAAGACGAUGGACGACAAGAAGGGUAGCGCGUUGGUGUCCAAGAUCGCAGCCCAGGCUGCGGGGAUGUAUACCUCGCUUAAUGAGCAAGUCAAGGAGUUCAUGGGGAAAGGCAUAUUCGAUAGGAACUGGUAUCAGAUCAAAUCAAAAUUCUACUCCUCCCUAGCCCAAUACCACCGUGGCCUAGUCGACAACGUAGCCUCCAAACACGGAGACGCCCUCGCCCGAUUUACACUCUCCGAAUCCCUCGCAAAAGAAGCCCACAAAUCCUCCACCGCCUUCUCCACCUCCUUCGUAUCCAACCUCUCCCCAAACCUUCCCCCGGACUCUGGGUCAUCCAUGCUCGAGAAAGCCAAAACCCACCUCGUCAUGUGUACGGACCGAAAAAACGAAGGUCAGCGGGAGAACGAUAUGAUUUACAACGCCGUCAUACCCGUCCCUGAGGCGUUGGCGGCGAUUGAUAAGUUGGUGGUGGCUACGCCGAUACAUAUACAUGACGUGUACGGCGCUCCUGAUGUGCAGAAGACGAUUGGGCAGGACUUUUUUAUCAGGCUUGUUCCGCUGAGCGUGCAUGAGAGCGCCAGUGUGUAUUCUGAGGAAAAGGCCAAGCUUGUCCGUGCGGAAGUGGAGAACGCAGAGAGUGCAGAGGUGUUGGCGAGGAGUGCGCUUGAGGGGCUUGGAGUGAAAGAGGGAUUGGUGAGGUAUAAAGCUAUGGCUGAGGGGACGUUGGACGGUGGGGAAGAGGUUCCUUUGGAUGUACGACGGUGGAAGGAAGACAUUGCGAGGAUUGAGGAACGCGAUGGGGUGGAUGUCAUCAUGAAGCAGCUGACGAGGCUCAAGGAGAACGUGAGCCGUGAUUUACAUGGAGUAGAGAGGGAGUUGGAGAUUGAGAGUAGGGAAUGUGAGGCGAUGAGGGUGAAGUACCAACAUCUAUGGACGCAAGAUCCUAGUGCUGGCCCGUCCAAAUCUCUCAGGCAAGACUUGAAAUCCCAUCUUUCUGCACUGGAAGCGGCAGCAGCGAGCGACGCGCAGGUACAGGUGUUAUGGGAUUCUGUGAGGGGCGAUAUUAAGCUCUUGCUCAGUCCGAACGUGGAGCAGGUGUUCCAUGAAAGGGCGGGGUCGACCACGGGACAUUUGUUGGAUCUGGAUGUGGGUAGUGAGAAUGACGAUGCGAAGGAACGACAGAAGAUAAAGGGGUAUGUUGUGGAGAUUGAAGAGAGGUUAGGGAGGCUGGCGAUGAUUUCAAAAGAGAGGAAUGAGGUUUUGAAGGAUCUGAAGGAUAAAGUCCAAUCAGACGACGUCUCCCAUCUCCUCCUCCUAAACCGCAGGAACACAGGCGUAGAGCCUGCGUUAUUUGCAGCCGAGCUGGAAAAGUUUAGACCGUACCAGCAAAGACUUGCGUCGACCGUACAUCACCAAGAUGUUGCUCUUUCAGAGGUGACCACCUUAUGGAAAGGGCUCAAGGAGCUGGCUGGACGUGGGGCAGGCGCAAGGAAGUGGGAGGAGAGGGAGAAGAGGAAGGUGGAGACCGUUAAGCGGUUUGGGAAGGCGAGGGAUGGGUAUAUGGAGGUUAGGGAUGGGUUGGCGAAAGGACUUCAAUUCUACACGGACCUGACAGAGUUGACGGUGAAAUUGGGCAGUGCGACUCGGUCCUUCGUUUCUGAACGGACUAACGAACGUCAGGCGUUGGUGGGGAAACUGGAGGCAGAGAAGAGGUUGUCAGCACAACAGUGGCAAAAUAAUGGUGCUACACUGUCUUCCCCACCUCCUCCCCAAGUAUCAAACAGGAACUCGUACGCAAGCCCACUGCAUCAGCAGCCUCCUGCUCCGUAUGGCGUCUCCUCACCACCUGGCCCUUCACCACACACACAAUACCCACCUCAUAAGCCUACCCUCCCACCGCCACCUUCUUCCCCGCCUAGAUCGAGUUUCUUCCCCCCUCCUCCCACUGCACCUUCUGUACCACCACAAACACCGUGGCAGAGUGUACCACCGCAUCCACCGUUUGGGCAGAGUGUGCCACCACAACCACCGGUUGGGCAGAGUGUACCACCCCAUCCACCGUCGGGGCAGGGUGUACCACCACAACCACAGGGUGCACUACCGCCACCAUUGGGACAGAAUUUGUUACAAGGACGGCUACCGACCAUUGCCGACUCCCUUGAUCGCCGACACCCACCGCCGCCUCGUCCCACAUUGCCUUCAGCUGUUUCGCCUGUCCAGUCACCUUUUCAGCCGCCGCACCAACCUCAACAACAGCAGCAGCAAGAAGGAUACGGACAACGACCCCAGCUGCCAGGGGACGGGUUCUAUUAUCAGCCUCAGCCUGAUAUUUUCCAGCGUGGAUCGGCUACGGGAUAUGGUGGUCAGGGUCAGUAUGGUAAUACGGGGACGUUGCAAUAUACGCCGGCGCAGGCGUUCGAGAAUUCAUAUCAUCCGGGGGUGGCUCCUCGCCAGCAGUAUUGGGGUCAGAACCCGGGUCAGCCGCCGCCUGGGGAAUAUGGGCCUCGGUAG